AUGGACGUGGGGGAGAUCGCGAUUCCGACGCAUUUCUGGUUCCUGAUUUCCCUCGACUUGAUGAAAGAUCCGGUGACACUUUCGACGGGAAUCACGUACGACAGGUCAAGCAUCGAGAAGUGGAUCGAGACUGGCAACAAUACUUGUUCUGUGACUAAUCAGGAGCUCAUGAGUUUUGACCAGAUUCUGAACCAUGCACUAUGUCGGAUUAUCCAAGAUUGGUGCGUGGAGAAUAAGUCUUAUGGCAUCGAGCGAAUUCCAAUGCCACGGAUCCUUGUGAUUCCAUACGAGGUGUCGAGGAUUCGUGAGAGAAUCAUGGGAGCAGCACGGCAUUUGAAUGAGAAGAAGUGUCGAGAACUGGUGGGGAAGAUUAAAGAGUGGGGCGGUCUCCUCUUGAUGACUGAUCUUCCCACAACUUGUGGUGAUAAGUCGGGCUUCAUCAUCAUACAUGGUGAAGAUCUUGUGGGAGGGUCAUCUACCAAGCUCAUGUUGGCCGCACAACCCGAUCACCUGAUUGGGUUUCAACCAAGAAGAUAG